AUGCCACUUUCAUUCGCAUUCCAAGCGCCUAAGUAUGUGAUCAAGGCUCGCGACCCUCGGCUUCGCCGCAUCAACGUUGCUUUCGAAGGAUUCAUUGUUCCAGAAGGUAUCCCACUCCCUCAAGAUACUUCUCGCACCCAACCCCUUUUUGUGGCCACUCCUUCAAUUGGAGCAUCCUCAUCCCAACCCGUUCUCGAGGAAGAGGAAGAAAAGGAAGAAGAAGAAGAAGAAAGAAGCCCAGAGGAGGUUGUGGACUUGUUAGACUCCUCGGACGAAUUUGAGGUUUUUAACCAGACUCUACCCUCCGAAGACGUAUCUGACGAAAUGGGUUUCCAAAGGAAACCUCGGAGGAGUUUAAUGGAGCUGAUAGAAAAUCAGCCUGGAAAAGGUGCACCGGGGAAAUCUACACAGUCUCAGAUUCCCCCUCCUCUUCCCAAAUCUCCUCCUCCUGCUCCUCACCAACCUCAACCAAUCAGACCUGAACAUAAUGAUCCUAAAAAGAAAAGAGAUUAG